ACCAGAGGUCCCGCUAUGAAAAGAAAAAGUAAAGUCCCUAGAUAUAUAAAAAUACCGCAAUCAUUCGCCAUUUCCGGGCGAAACUACCCGCCAACUUUAAAAUAUUGCAACUUCGAAUGCUAUCUAAUUUAAAAACAAUAACAAGAAUCCAAUUUGAAAUUGGGCUCUACACGAUUUCGAAUGGUAUUUUAUUAGAAAAGAUAAAGUUGCUUUUAGAUUAUAUAAAUUGUAAUUCAGAUUAAUCAGUGCUAUUUCAGAAAGCACAAAUUGAAAUUCAGAUUAACUAAUUCUAUUUUAGAAACCGUCAGUUGAAAUUCAGAUUGCAUUAAAAUAAUAAUUAAGAACCAACUUUUGUUAAACAUUCAUAUUUUCAUCAGCACAAGCUGUAUCAUAUCAUAACAAUUGAUUUCUAUCGUGUUUCCAUGCAAAGUCACAUUUAUUACAACUGUGAAUUUAUGAAAAAUUAAUUUAAUUAACUAAUUCAAAUUCGUCGACAAUACCUGACAUUUUACAGACCAGCUGACAUAUAUCGCUGCUAUUUUUGGGCAAAAACCAUACCUCCUCUUUUCAAUACAUGGUACAAUGAAUUUGCAAUAGUUUAUGUCCUUUAUAUAUCUAAGGACUUUAUGAAAAAGGCUGACUCGCGCCCAUUUUCAAAAUUUUAGAAUUUAUUCAAAUGACUCACUAACCCCUCCUGUUACUACAGUGGGAAGCUGUGGUGGGGAGUGAGCAAGGGUCUGUUUUGUGAUUUGUGGUGACUGGUGAGGAGGUGAGGGUAUUUUAUGCUGUGUUGUUGGCUGUGAUAGUUGGUAGUUGCUAGAACACGUGUAUUUAAACAUAAACGUAGAUAUUAAAUAACAAUUUCAAAAAGAAAUCAUCAUGGGAAAGCCAGGAUUUUCGACAGGUGGUCGCGGCGGCGGCGGCGGUUUUGGUGGACGUGGUGGAGGUGGCCGUGGGGGCUUUGGAGGUGGAGGGGGUAGAGGCGGAGGACGUUCAAGUUUUGGAAGAGGAGGUGGCGGCGGGGGUCGCCCUACCUUUGGAAGAGGAGGUGGCGGAGGAGGUCGUGGUGGACGAGGAGGCGGCCGUAGGGGAGGUCGCGGGGGCGGCAGAGGUGGAGGAGGAAAAACCGUUGUAAUUGAACCGCAUCGUCAUGAAGCAGUUUUUAUUGCAAGAGGUAAAGAAGAUGCUUUGGUGACGUUAAAUCUCGUUCCUGGCUCAGAAGUUUAUGGAGAAAAAAGAAUUUCAAUAGAGAAUGACGGAAACAAAGUAGAGUACAGAGUCUGGAAUCCAUUUCGCAGUAAACUGGCAGCAGCAAUUCUUGGUCAGGUGAAAUACAUUCACAUGCCACCAGGCAGUAAAGUGUUAUAUCUUGGGGCUGCUUCUGGAACCACCGUGUCCCAUGUGUCAGAUAUUGUUGGACCCGAAGGAUUAGUAUAUGCAGUUGAAUUUUCUCAUAGGUCGGGUCGAGAUUUAAUAAAUGUGGCGAAGAAAAGAACAAAUAUCAUUCCAAUAAUAGAGGAUGCCAGACAUCCACAUAAAUAUAGAAUGUUGGUGGGAAUAGUUGAUACAAUAUUUGCAGAUGUAGCACAGCCUGAUCAGGCGAGAAUCGUGGCAUUAAAUGCCCAACACUUCUUAAAGAAUGGUGGGCACUUCGUUAUAUCUAUUAAAGCACCAUGUAUUGAUUCAACAGCUAAACCAGAGGCGGUAUUUGCCGCAGAAGUGGAAAAGUUGCGCGCUGACCAUCUUAAACCACAAGAACAACUUAGUUUAGAACCCUAUGAGAGGGAUCAUGCCGUGGUAGUUGGUAUAUAUAGACCAACGUCUGGAAACCAAUGAAAUAGUUGUAAAUGUGUUUUCCAUAUAAAGCGAAAAAGUAGUUUAGUUAUUAUAAACUGUUUUAUAAUGAUUGACUUUUGUCAAAUGUAAGAUAUAGUUUUUGUAGCAAAUUCUUCUGCAAUAUCAAUACAGUCUAAUGUUU